GCCCGUGAUUCAAGGCACAUAGAGAAAGGCGACGAUGGCAAGACGACGAAGCGGGGGCGACCCUUCGCUGGCCGCGAAAAAGCCCAGCAUGGGACAAGGUGGAAGAAAGAGCAACUCACAGCAGGCACAAGCACGGAAGGAAAGGCGAGCGGGCGGGAGUGGUGGCCCAAAGAGCAUUCAUGAUGUCUUUGAGUAUGCCACCGAGCAGCAGGAGCAGGGGCGGAAAGGGAGGAUAAGCCGCAGAGGCGCCCCAGUCGCAACGAGCGGCAGCGAGGGAGAGGAUAGCGAGGAAGAAGGCGAGUCUAAAAAGAUUGGGCCAAAAUCGUUUCUGGCGGGCUCGGACGAGGGGGAGGAAGCGAACCCCGUAGACCCAGACGAUGACGAGGAGAUCGACAGCGAUGAAGCGUUCGGAGAGAGCGACGAGGAAAAGUUCGAUGGCUGGAGAUUCGGUGGGGGAAAGAACAGAGGUGACGAGGAAGAGGAAGAGGAGGAGGAAGACGACGAGGACAUGGUCGACCUCUCCAAGAUGCUUGACGACAACAGCGAUUUUGGAGAGGACGACGAGGACAACGACGAAGAAGAUGAGGGCGAAGAGGACAGCCGGCUUCAAGAGCACAUGGCUCGAUUCGCAGAAGGAGGAGGCAAACGCAGUGCAUCGCAGGCCGAUCUCGAGGGUGAAGAAGGCGAAAGCAAGCGAAGGGUGGUCCUGCCCGAGAGGAGGGAAGCCCUGGCAGAGGGCGCCGUAGGGAGCGUGGGCGGGGGUCAGGCGCUGAGCUUUGAAGACCUCAUGCAGCCCUUCGAAGGAGAGACAGGUGCCAGUCUGGCCUCAUUGCGCAAAUCCGCAAAGACACUUGCCGAGAGCCAAAAGAAGGCAAAGGGUGGUGCGGCAUCGAAAAGCGGUGGUGGCGCCCUGGCCGCGCCCCUCCCCUCCAUCAUCCAGGAUCGCAUCGACCGAUCAGCGGCGUACGAUGAGACCAAGGGACAGGUGCAAGGAUGGCAGCCGACAAUGAAGCGUUUGCGCGAGGCGCAGCAUCUUUCGUUUCCGCUGCAGCCUGCACCAAAGCAUGUUGCGUCGACAGCCAGCAUGGCUGCCUACUUUAAACCGUCCAACGAUAUGGAGUCGACGAUUGCCUCGAUGAUUGAGGAUGAAGGGUUGACCGAUAAACAGCUGGCCGAGGCCGAGGAGCUCAAGAUGAACGAGCGAGGCAUGAGCGCAGAGGAGAUCAAGCGGCGGAGAAGCGAGCUAAGGCAGAUGAGGGAGCUGCUCUUCAGGCAGGAGCAAAAGGCCAAGAGGGUCAAGAAGAUCAAGAGCAAAACGUACCGCAAGAUUGCUAGAAAGCAGCGCCAGCGGGAAGGUGCACUUGCCGAGGAGCUGGAGGGCGGCGCACAAGGAGACGAGGACGACUUGGAGAAGCGCAUCGAGGCCGAGAGGGCGAGGGCACAGGAGAGGGCUACGCUCAAGCACAAGAACACAGGCAAAUGGGCACAAGGUCUCGUCGGCAGAAGAGAGCUGCAGGACAUGCCUGAAGCGCGGAGCGCUGUCGAAGAACAGCUUCGGAAAGGGGAAGAGUUGCGGCGACGCAUUCACGGUCGUGGGUCGGGGUCUGAGGAUGAGGAAGACGAUGAUGAUGACGACGACGACGACGAUGUCAGCGAUGCGGAAGCCGCCCACGAAAAAGCCUUUGACGAGCUUGCUUCCCUUGAGAAGCGCGACGAGGCCCGACAAGCUCGCGACGAAGAGAAGCUUGACAAGAAAGGCAAGGCAUUGUGGAACAUGAAGUUUAUGAAGGAUGCGCGAGAGAGGAGCACCCGUGAAAAUAGAGAGACGCUCGAGGAGCUGAGGAACGAGUACGCCGGAGAAGAUGGUGCUUACCAGGUGGCUUCGAACCCCGGCCGGCUGGCAUUCGGUUCCUCUGCUCCAUCCGCUCAGAAGUCGCAGGCAGACGACGAGCAAGAAGAGCCCACUUAUGGCGAGGACGAUGACGAAGAAAGGGGCGAGCAGGUGACUUCAAGACGACCGAAAGGGCCUCUCAAGGUUGUCACUGAGGAAAGCACACAGGCCACGUCAACGACAAGAAGAUUGCCUCCUGAAAAUGCUGCAUCUAGUGAAAACCCGUGGCUGGCGGGCGACCGAACAAUGUCCAAGUUAUCGCGGAAGAAGAACGACAUCGUCGUGUCCAAGGAGUCGUCAUCACAGAGCAAAGCUGCCAACAAGCUCGAAAAGUACCGGGCAAAGGGUCAGGACGCUAGACUGGAAGAAGAGGAAGAGUCAAGGCUGGAAAUCGAUCCAAAAGCUAUGCUCUCGAUGCGAGAGCGAGAGGAGGACAUGACAGCUCAUCGUGCUGGCUCAGAUGAUGAGGUUUCGACUGACUCCGAGCGUGAAGAAGAGCAGCCAGUUCUCGUCACGCAACAGCGAAGACAAGGGGGACGAGGCUCCAAGGCAAUUCAGCAGCGUGACUUGGUCGCCGAGGCCUUUGCAGGCGACGAUGUGGCUGCUCACUUUGCUGCCGAGAAGCGGGCAGCAAUUGAAGCAGAUGCGCCCAAAGAAGUCGACGAGACGCUCCCAGGCUGGGGCUCAUGGACGGGCAAGGGUGUGUCCAAGAAGCACAAGCAGCAACCGAAGAAGAAAUUCGUGCGACAGGUGGCUGGCCUAGACGAAAGCAAACGCAAGGAUGCGAAGAUGGCAAAUGUCAUCAUCAACGAGAGGAAAGAUAAGAAGGCCGACAAAUACAGGCCAAAGGACGUUCCAUUCCCUUAUACCUCCAAAGCUCAGUACGAAAUGGCGAUGCGGAACCCCUUGGGUCCGGAGUGGAACACGAGAACCCAGCAUCAGCGCUUGACAUUGCCUAGGGUCACUACCAAGCCUGGCCAGGCCAUCGAGCCUAUCAAGCGACUCUUCUGAUGCCUCUUACAUAGCUCACAGACCAUGUGUAUUUACCUUCAUCCUCUUUCAAAUCAUGGUAC